AUGUCGAGCUCAGAGAUAAACCAGGUGCUCGCAAAUUCGCUGUCGCCUGAUGCGAACCUGCGAAAUGCUGCCGAGCAGCAACUUACCCAAGCCGCUGAGAGCAACUUUCCCCUAUACCUCGCAACCCUCGUACAAGAGUUAGCAAACGACUCUGCCGAUGGCUCCAUCAGAGCUGCUGCCGGUAUCGCCCUCAAGAACGCCUUCACAACCCGAGACUUUGCUCGUCAUCAGGAAUUGCAAGCGAAAUGGCUCCAGCAAACAGACGACGAGACCAAGAACAGGGUCAAAGAGCUCACCCUCCAGACUCUUAACUCUUCCAACACCCAGGCUGGCACUGCCGCCGCCCAGGUUAUUUCUUCUAUUGCCGCUAUCGAGUUGCCCCGUGGCCAGUGGAACGAUCUGCUACCUUUCCUUGUCAAGAAUGUGAGCGAGGGUGCCGAUCACCAGAAGCAGUCUUCUUUGACCACCAUUGGCUACAUCUGUGAGAGCCAAGAUGCUGAACUGCGCGGGGCUUUGGUAACACACUCAAAUGCUAUUCUGACUGCUGUUGUGCAAGGAGCCCGAAAGGAGGAAACAAACAUCGAGGUUCGCCUCGCUGCCAUCACUGCCCUUGGUGACUCGCUCGAAUUCGUCGGCAACAACUUUAAGCACGAGGGAGAGCGAAACUACAUUAUGCAGGUCGUCUGCGAGGCCACACAAGCCGACGACUCAAGGAUACAACAGGGCGCCUUUGGCUGCCUCAACCGAAUCAUGGCCCUUUACUACGAGAACAUGCGAUUCUAUAUGGAGAAGGCUUUGUUUGGUCUUACCAUUCUUGGCAUGAAGUCCGAUGACGAGGAUGUCGCGAAGCUGGCUGUUGAGUUCUGGAGUACCGUUUGCGAGGAGGAGAUCUCCAUCGAGGACGACAACGCCCAAGUAGAAAGCUCUGACCAGAUGCGCCCUUUCUACAACUUUGCCCGCGUUGCUGCCAACGAAGUCGUACCGGUUCUCCUACUUCUCCUCACCAAGCAGGACGAGGACGCCACCGACGACGAGUACAACCUGUCCCGCGCUGCUUACCAGUGUCUGCAGCUGUACGCACAGGCCGUUGGUGCUACGAUCAUCACACCCGUCCUUCAGUUUGUUGAGGGCAACCUACGUCACGAGGACUGGCAUAACCGAGAUGCUGCUGUAUCUGCUUUCGGCGCUAUCAUGGAGGGUCCUGACGAGAAGGUCCUGGACCCUAUCGUCAAGCAGGCCCUGCCUAUCCUCAUUACGAUGAUGGACGACCAGUCCCUGCAUGUUAAGGACUCGACUGCGUAUGCCCUGGGCAGAAUCACCGAGGCAUGCUCCGAGGCCAUUGACCCUCAGACGCAACUCCCUACUCUGAUCGAGUCGCUCUUCAAGGGGCUUCUCAGCAGCGCUAAGAUGGCACCCUCAUGCUGUUGGGCCCUUAUGAACUUGGCUGAGCGUUUUGCCGGUGAUCUCGGUGCUUCUUCUAACGCUAUCACCCCCCACUUCAACAAUGCCGUUAGCUCUCUGCUGGACGUUACUGCUCGCACAGAAACUGAGACCUCAGUGCGAACCGCUGCUUAUGAGGUUCUCAACGUUUUUGUGCAGAACGCUGCUUCCGAAAGCUUGCAGCCAGUAGCCUCUCUCUCUGAUGUAAUCAUCAAGAGACUCGAAGAGACUGUUCCUCUCCAGAACCAGGUCGUAAGUGUCGAGGACAAGAUCACUCUCGAGGAGAUGCAGAACAGCCUGUGCACUGUCCUCCAGGCUAUCAUCUCUCGCCUUGACAAGGAGAUCAUUCCUCAGGGUGAUCGUAUCAUGCAAAUCCUUCUUCAGAUUCUCAACAGCGUCGGUGGAAAGUCUAGCGUUCCUGAUGCCGUUUUCGCUACCAUCAGCGCUCUUUCCACUGCUAUGGAGGAGGAUUUCGUCAAGUACAUGGAUGCCUUUGCCCCAUUCCUGUACAACGCCCUCGGAAACCAGGACGAGCCCAGUCUCUGCUCCAUGGCUAUUGGUCUGGUCAGCGACAUUACUCGAUCUCUGGGCGAGCGCAGCCAGCCUUACUGCGAUAACUUCAUGAACUACCUCCUCAACAACCUCAGGAGUACCACUCUGGCCAACCAAUUCAAGCCUGCUAUCCUACAAUGCUUUGGCGACAUUGCUGGUGCCAUCGGUGGCCACUUCGAGACAUAUUUGUCCGUAGUUGCCCAGGUUCUCGAGCAAGCUACAACUGUUACCGCUUCUCCCGAGGGCCCCUACGAGAUGUACGACUAUGUCGUCUCCCUCCGUGAGGGUAUUAUGGAUGCCUGGGGCGGAAUUAUUGGCGCCAUGAAGGUCAGCGAGAAGACACAAGCUCUCCAGCAAUACGUCCCUCUCAUCUUCAACGCCCUCAGCAUUAUCGCUAGUGAUAUGAACCGAAGCGAAUCCUUGAUGCGGGCUUCCAUGGGCGUUAUUGGUGACCUUGCUGAUGCCUAUCCCGACGGCCAACUGGUUGACGCUUUCCGCCAAGACUGGCUCACCGUUAUGAUCAAGGAGACCAAGACCAACCGGGAAUUCCAGCCCCGAACCAUCGAGACCGCCCGCUGGGCCCGCGAGCAGGUUAAACGCCAACUGGGUGGCUCUCAGGCCGUCAUGGCCAACUGA